CUUCCUUUUUUGUGCAUCUGCACAGUCCAGUUUUGGUUAACUCUAUCCUCCUCCUCCGUCCAAAAGCUUAACUUCUUUUCAUCCUUUUCUAAUUCCUGGGUUUUAAACGCUUUGACUUAUUGGGUUUCAGAUUUGAAGAGUGGUGUGCAGAUUAUGAGAUGCUGUGACUUGUGAGGAGAGAUUAGAGAAAGGAUGGGAUGUGCUACAUCCGCUUAUGCUGUUGGUGCAAGGAAGAAGAGGAGGAAGAACAUUCCAGAGUCUGCAGUGUUUGUACCGCCUCUUUGCGUCCCAUUUCGUUCUGAUCUUCUUCAGCAGCAACUCAAUGGAAUCGCUCCCAAGAUUGUAAUCGAUAGACUCACAUGUCUUAGAAACCAGAUUCAGUUGGUAGCCGAGGGCACUGGAGGUUCGGCCGUUUCAGAGCUGCGUGGAGCUCUGGACGAAUACUUGUCUCUUCUAACUGGCCUCCUGAAGACAACGAAUGAUGGCUUGGAAGGUUGCUUGGAGUUCAAGUGGAAAUCCCUCGAAGGAAAUGGUCGACGAGAUUUAGACUGUACUCAAUCAAAUCAGGAAUCAUGCUUCACCAAUAUUUGGUUCGAGAUAUUGUCAGUGUUAUACAUGAUGGCGGUUAUGGCAUUAUCGGAAGCUAACUCAUUGAUGAUUCCGAAGGAUUGUUCUGGUUCCGGAACUCGGGUCAUUCCUACAGAGUGCAAGAGAAAUGCGGUUGACUUGCUGAUCAAGGCGUCUGGGUACUUGGAGUUCUGCAGCCGACAGAUUCUAGUUCAUGUUCCUCCAGAGAUGAAGGAUAAAAUGCCAGAGGAAAUGCAAGAGGGUGUAAUACAAGCUCUUUCCAUCCAAGCACUUGGUCAGGGAACUGAGAUCCAACUGGGUUUAGCGAUUGAGAGCCAGAAAGCCACAUUGUCUGUGAAGAGGAGAUUAGCCUGCGAGCAAGUUCUCUACUUCACCCAGGCAUAUCAAUGCUUGUCUGACUGCGAAGUCAGCCAUGGAUGUCCGAAGAAGCUCAUUCGCUUCAUCUAUUGGAAAUUUCUUGAAGCUAAGGCCGCAGCAUAUUACUAUAAUGGGUUGGUAACAGACAAGGGAAAUGAGCCGGCUUGCCAUGUGAGCGCCGUCUGUUGCUUUCUGGCAGCUUCAGAGAUCUUAGCGGAGAGCAAGAAGGAAUGUCUUAGCUUCUGCUUGGCACCUCCUGUUACAAGGGCUCCUCCCCUAUGGGGCGUGAUGAAGCAUUUGCACCAGAAAAUUCCAGAGGUUGCUUCCAGAAAGUCUCAGAUGUACGGCUACUUGUUGGAACAAGACAAGGCUCUGCAGUUUUUGCCUGAGCUCCCGGACUUUCAGUUGUCGCUCAGACCUGAUGAAUUCCAACUGCCGGGCGUAGGAGACCCAGUUGAAGAAAGCUGAACAACACCACACACCAAUUCCUUUGCUUCUUCUUCCUGUUUGUAUUGUUAUUCUCUGCUUUCUUCUCUUACACAAUCACACGUCAUGAUUCAUGACACAGUAACUAAUCGCUCGAACCAAAAACACCAACCUUUUAUUGCUUAAGCAUUUGACAAAGUUAAUACAUAA